UUGCUACACCACCACACCCACACCCCAUCCCAGCACACAACAAGCAGCCUGGUUUACGGUAGCUGCUAGCAAAACAAUGGAGAACCCUGCUCCGAGCAUCGUAGUGGCCAUCGCCGCACCCGUGGCGGCGGAGUUCGUGAAACUCACCUUCCGUGCCCUGUAUAUGCGCCGGGCUGGUCCUGGCAGCAGGGAGAUGACUGUGCCGGGAAGGCCAUCCGACCAGCUGGGCAGGAGAGUCGUCACUGACAGCCCCGUGUACGACGGCCGUGGCGCCGACGCCCGCCUCGUGGCUCGCAUACAGGGAGUCACGGUCCUGGUCGGUAACGCAGACGCCUUGUUCACCAUGGUGUUCGAAACCGACAGGCUAAAGGGCUCCACGCUCGUCAUCAACGGAAUGGUCACGGAUGGGUCAGACGAAUGGGCGAUCUACGGCGGAACCGGGGUGUUCGCCAUGGCCACCGGUGUCAUGAAGAGAAGAAACCUUGCCGGCGGUAGCAACGACGGGAACUCUGACGAGCUUGCCCUGGAAGUUUUCUGCCCGGUGUUUGGCGCAUCACAGCAACCAAUUAGCAAGCAGCAGGAGUCCAUCUCCUCCGUCACCAAGAUCGGACUAUGGGGCGGACAGGGAGGGUCGGCACAGGACAUCACGGCAGAGCAGCCACCACGGCGUCUGCACAGCAUCACCGUCCGCGCUGGCGUUGCCGUCGACUCCAUCGAGUUCACCUACACCGACGACGCUGGGCAGAGGCGCACUGCUGGGCGGUGGGGUGGACUUGGCGGCAAUGUUCGAACGAUCGACCUUGGCGACGCAGAGGAUGUCAGGGAAGUCUCGGGAACAUACGGCGCAUUUGAAGGUGCCAUUACGCUGACCUCGCUCAGGCUCGUCACCAGCAGCAGAACCUGGGGCCCCUGGGGGGUCGAGAACGGGACGCGUUUCUCCAUCACGGCGCCCAACGGCAGCAGCAUCGCGGGAUUCUAUGCGCGGGCGGGAACCAGGCUCGUCGACGCUAUCGGUGUUUACAUACGUCCAGUGGUGCCAGGCAGGCCUCGGUGAACAAGCGAGCCGAGCUCGCUCGUAUUACGAGCUGUAGGAUUAUGGUUCGGCUUGACUUGAUGUAGGCUACCUGCUACAUCAUGCUCGAUUCACUAUCCUUUAAUUCGGUCAUCGUCGUCGUCUUGUCUCGUGUCAAAUAAAGCUCUCUUGUGCCUAUAUACGGCUCUCAUGGUUGUGCCGUGUCUCUAUAUGUUAGUGUUUAUGUAUAUGUGGAGAUCAAAUAAUGGCCUUGCAAUAAUGAUCAAAGACUCGCUAUGUUAAUGAUAAUUUCAUUUUAUAUAUUGGUUUUUUUUGUUUC